AUGGCUAAGCUUGCCGCAUUGGCUAUGGUAGCGUUGCUUGGCUACGUGGCGCGGACGUGCCACGCUUCAGGGUAUGGUGGGUAUCCCAGCCCGGGCACGCCUAGCAGCUACCCUCCUGCUGCGCUGGCGCUCGCGAUCGGACACUACUACAAGACCUGCUACAAAGCCGAAGAGAUCGUGAGGGAUUCAGUGAGGAAGCGGCUCGUGAGGAAGGCGGUGUACGCCAACCGCGGCAUCGGCGCCGGGCUCAUCGGCCUCUUCUUCCACGACUGCUUCGUCAGGGGGUGCGACGCAUCGGUCCUCCUCGACACGACGCCGGCCAACGCUCAGCCAGAGAAGCUCGGCAUCCCCAACUUCCCGAGCCUGCGCGGCUUCGAGGUGAUCGACGCGGCAAAGGCGGCGCUCGAGGAGGCCUGCCCCGGAGUCGUCUCGUGUGCGGACAUCGUCGCUUUCGCUGGCUGCGACGCCACUUUCUUCCUCAGCAACGGGAAGGCGUACUUCGACAUGCCAGCCGGCCGCUACGACGGGAACGUGUCCCUCGCCAGCGAGACCCUCUCCAACCUGCCUCCGCCCUUCGCCACCCUCCAGAUGCUCAAGGACAUGUUCGCCUCCAAAGGGCUCACCGUCGACGAGAUGGUCACCCUCUCCGGCGCACACAGCGUCGGGAUCUCCCACUGCUCGUCCUUCUCGGACCGCCUCCCGCCCAACCCCUCGGACCCCUCGGCCAUGGACGCCACGCUCGCUGCAUCUGUGCAGGUAAAAUGCAACCGCACUGGUGACCCCGUGGUGGUGCAGGACUUGAGGACCCCUGGGGACCUAGACAACCAGUAUUACAGGAACGUGCUCGAUAAAAAAGAAUUGUUCAAGUCGGACGCCGCACUCCGUUCGUCGGAGACUGGGGCACAAGUGCUCCUCAACGCCUGGAUCCCUGGGCGGUGGGAGCAAAAGUUCAAGGCGGCCAUGGUGAGGAUGGGCAGUAUCGAAGUCAAGACCAGGGCCAACGGGGAGAUCAGAAAGCAGUGCCGGUUUGUGAACUAG